GCUUUUAAUUUGAAAGGGUGAUUUCCGGUCACGGUGGCUCUACGUGGACAGCUCGAAAAUUAACGACAAACAUGUUAAAGUUUCAACAAAGGCCGAUUCGCGUUUACUGACAGCAAAAAGAGCCGACCCGGAGUUACGUAUUGUCGUAUUGUCUGUUUAGUCCAGUUGAAGCUGAAGUUGCUGUCUAAAUACAAGAAAAUGCAGUUAGCUCCGGGAGGCUAACCUGAGCUAAUCCGAGCUAACAGGUGAAUCUCCAGUGAAUACAGGCGGACACAUGCACCGGUUAAUGCAUUAAAGGAUGCUGCAGGGUCCGUACAGCAACCUGGAGAGGGACCGGCUGCUGGUUCGAAUCCCGUUCACGUACUUUGCUGUUGGGACCGUUUUGCUGCCGUUUGGGGGCCUCCUGAUCUGUCUCGCAGUUACACUGAUGUACCACUACAGCGAUGCCACCUACACUCAUUGUGAGGUGAGGAACUAUUUACCCUCCAUCAGCUCUGCGAUCAGCCGUGUCCCGGAGCGCUAUAUUUGGCGAGGGUUCAUCGGGCUUCACUCGGCGCCGAGGUACCUCGUCUCUGCAGCUUAUUUCUCCUUCUACCACAGGCACUUCCACAAUCGGAUGCUGGAGCUGCUUCUGAGUGGGCUCACUCUGCUCCUCAGCCUGACAGAAAACACGGGGCUGUUGGUGCUGACUUAUGUGGGCUCCACCGAGACGUACAAAAUUCAUAAAUAUGGUUUCAUCACGUUCAUUGGCAGCUCUCUUCUGCACAUGCUCACAACGCUCCGCCUGUGGUUUGUCAUCCAGAGACACUCCCUCCAUUCAGAGGAAGUGACAUCAUACAGGUGGAAGCGGCGUCUUUUCCUGUUUAACAUCAUCUGUUGUGUGUGUGCGUUCUAUUUCUUCAGACGACACAACGAGUUCUGUGAGCAUGGAGUGUACACUCUGUUUGCACUGUUUGAGUACCUGGUGGUCUUCUCCAACAUGGCCUUCCACAUCACAGCCUUUUGGGACUUCAGGAGCAAAGAGGUGAUGGUAGCCACGCCGGCAGAAGAUAAACGCUACUGAAUCUACAAAAAUGGCAAGACUGAAUGAACAAGGAGAUGGGGUCCAAAGUGGUCAAGAAGUUUUUGGAUGAUAAUUAUUCUAGGUUGGGUUCAUGCGAAGAGCACAGUUUUCCAUAGAGAAUGUGGGUAGGUCAGAUAUCAGUGGUAGAUUUUGCCUUGCACUUUUCUGGUUCAAGAUUCGCAACCUGUCUGGCUCAUGGAGAUGUAUAGCUUUCCUUGGACAUUUUGACAGUUUGGGAUUUACCAUAUCAAUCCUGUUUUAUUUGUUAAAAAUAUUUAAUAAUGUUUUUUUCUUCCAGUGCAGUUCUGACAAACCCCUGUUGCUAAAUCUUACCAACUUGAACCCAUUUGAGAAAUAAACUAUUGGCAACUAUUGGUCUGAUGUAGUGGCAGAGAUCAGAAGGUUUUAAACCCUCUACUAGAAAAGUUGUACCUUUUUAACUGUCUAAUUGCUGAUUUAAUUUCUCGACAUAUGGUUAUUUUCUCUGUUAAUUCUGGCUUGAUCUACAUGAAACAAAAAAGUUUGACAUCUUCUGUCAACACAUUUUUUUAUCAAAAUCUAGGACUAGGUUAAAAGUGAUAGUGCUUAUCAACUACACUAGUGUGACUGUUGUCAUUUCAACCCAAUCGCUUAAGAAAAUGAUUAUUUUUAUAGAUUUUCAGGUCUACAAUCUCUUUCAUGGUAAAUCACAUAUAUAUUGACACCUGUCCUGCACCUAAACUUAGUGGAGACAAACACUG